CAGACAUAAAUUUCAGCUUAAAAAAUAAUAUUUUCGAUUAUACUAUGAGACUAUUUUAUAUAACAUUUACUUAAAGUAAAUUAAACCAUUGGGGAUUUUGAGGGACAUCACACGGAGAGCAAAUUCUCUCCGGUGAAUUUUUUUUUUGUUUUUUUUUUUCCUUUGGCAAGAAAUCAGCGGAACACCGAGCUGGCGACUGGACUCACAAAAGUCGGUAUUCGGACAGUUUUUCCCCUCUGUCCCGGAUCUGUGUGUUGGUGUAUUGAGCAGUGUAACAUCUGUUAGUUUGACUGGUUUGUUUUAUAGCCAGGCGAAGACAAAGGGUUUGGUGGAAUUUUACUUACGGCGACCUGGCUGCCUGGUGGCUGGCUAGCUGUGCUCGCUAAUCCCACCGAUAUCUUUUCUGGGCGCUCUCUCUCCGGUUCAGGAGUUUUUCUCCGACUCGUUUCUGCUUCGACUUGCGCUACGUUAUCAAAGACCAUCGCUUCGUUUCUAUCCAUUUCACCGUCCGGAACAUAAGCGAGCACUGCUAGCUAGCACGCUAGCUAACGGUACUUACCUUAGAGUCCCCCCGCACCCACCCCCACAGCGGUGAUCUCAUUUACCGGUGUCCGUCUCUCUGGCCGUCCGCCACUCUGGGCCUCGGUCGCUCUCCAUGGUCGUUACGGUAGUGUUGAGGCGAGUGGUAGGACCUCCAUUUCGCGGUACGCGGAGCAGUCCAGGAGAUUGCUCUGACUUGGUUGCUUUAUUUCGGCACACGCGGGCAGGCAGGCUAGGCUACAGGUAAUUUGGCGAAGUACUGUAAUCAGUCAUGGGACUGGCAUGUCACCUUUAGUCGCGGGUGCAAUAUUAACGAUAGAGCGAUCCGUAGAGAAAAGCGUCCCUCUUCUCGCGUUUCAGUUUGGCGAACAAGUGCAAGGAGCUGGUGGGACUAAGCUACACUCCGGAGCACCAUGUCGGAAGACAACAAUGUGGACAAAUGCAUUAAGGAGACGUCCAUCCUGGAGGAGUACAACAUCAACUGGACGCAGAAGUUGGGGGCGGGAAUCAGUGGACCCGUGAGGGUGUGUGUGAAGAAGUCCACACAGGAGCGCCUCGCACUGAAGAUCCUCAUCGACCGACCCAAGGCCCGCAAUGAGGUGAGACUGCACAUGAUGUGUGCGGCACAUCCGAACAUCGUUCAGAUCCUGGAGGUGUACGCUAACAGUGUGCAGUUUCCCCAUGAAUCCAGCCCCAGGGCGAGGUUGUUGAUCGUCAUGGAGAUGAUGGAGGGUGGAGAGCUGUUCCAUCGGAUCAGUCAGCACAGACACUUCACAGAGAAGAUGGCCAGUCAGGUCACCAAACAGAUCAGCCAGGCGCUGGAACACUGCCACAGGCUGAACAUCGCACACAGAGACCUGAAGCCCGAAAACCUGCUGUUUAAGGACAACUCCUUGGAUGCACCAGUAAAGUUAUGUGAUUUUGGAUUCGCCAAAAUCGACCAAGGUGACCUGAUGACCCCACAGUUCACCCCUUACUACGUAGCACCUCAGGUACUGGAGGCACAGAGGAGACACCAGAAAGAGAAAUCUGGAAUAAUACCUACCUCACCCACUCCAUACACCUACAACAAGAGCUGUGACCUGUGGUCGCUGGGCGUGAUCAUCUACGUGAUGCUGUGCGGCUACCCACCCUUCUACUCCAAGCACCACAGCCGCACCAUCCCCAAGGACAUGCGCAAGAAGAUCAUGACCGGCAGCUUCGACUUCCCCGAGGACGAGUGGAGCCAGAUCUCCGAGAUGGCCAAGGACAUCGUUCGCAAGCUGCUGAAGGUGAAGCCCGAGGAGCGUUUGACGAUAGAGGGGGUGCUGUCUCACCCCUGGCUCAACUGCACAGAGGCGCUGGACAACGUGCUGCCGUCCGCCCAGAUGAUGAUGGACAAGGCUGUAGUAGCAGGGAUCCAGCAGGCCCAUGCAGAGCAGUUGGCUAACAUGCGGAUCCAGGACCUCAAUGUGAGCCUGAAGCCCCUCAACUCCGUCAACAACCCCAUCCUGCGGAAGAGGAAGCUUCUGGGCACUAAGCCGGGCGACGGCUUCUUCAUCCACGACCCCGAGAACGGAGGAGACAACGCCAACGUAGCGCUGGAGAAACUGCGUGACGUCAUAGCGCAGUGCAUCCUGCCCCAGGCUGGAGAGAACGAGGAUGAGAAGCUGAAUGAGGUGAUGCACGAGGCCUGGCGCUUCAACAGAGACUGCAAACUGCUGAGAGACGGACUGCAGGGCCUGAGCUGGGACGGAAGGGCUUUCUCAGAUAAAGUGGAUCGGCUGAAGUUGGCGGAAAUCGUAAAGCAGGCCAUCGAGGAGAAAACAAACUUACAGGACUGUCAAUAGCCAGUGCUGUGGCUCAUUUUCUACAAAAUUAUACAUGUUCUUAAAAUGAUCAACUUGUAAAGUUAAAAAAAAAAUGUAUGUAAAUUUAAGUGCAGGACUUGAUGCAGUUUUUCAUGACCUUGCUUGCAAAACUAUUGUACAGCUGUAGAUAAUGUUGAAAGAGGACUUGUUGGUACUGUACUUUUUUUUUUUUUUUUUACAAACAACCGUGAAGAACAAACGAAGCUUUUAUUUCCUUUCACCCUGCAAAAGCGAAGAAAGUUGAUCACGUGCCCGUGGGAAGGGGUGUCUGCCUUUGCACAAACUGCUUGCCUGAGCUGCCUGUUGUAGUGUUUUUAUUUUUUUAGAUUUUUUAUUUUAUUUUAUUUGAAGUACUUUAAUUAUCGUCCUUUUUAAUAAUGUGAUUCAUUUUAUUUAUUUUAAAAACUGAUUCCGUUAUUUUCAUUUUUUAUUUUUUACCAAAGUAGCCUCAGUCAGAGAUGCGAUCAUUUAAAGGAAGCCAGACCCCACGCUUUUGACCCGCCGGCAAUAUUCCCACUCUUCUUCACCUGCAGGACGUCCCAUAGGGGAAAUAAGUCGGGGGCAGGCAGUCUGUGGGCUCAUUCAACCCCCCCCCCUUCAUCUUCCAGUCUUUAACUGUGCAAAUAGGCAUCCACAGUAGCAGACUCUCCUCACUGCUGUAAGCUCACUCAAGUUCUACAUAGUUUUUAGCUUUUAGUUCAAAGGAUAAUAAUCACAAUGUCUGCACAUGUAGCUUUUCGUUUUUUUAAAAUGGCCAUGGGUCCUGGCUUUAGGGCUCAUGUUGGAGGGGAAUGUGCAGGACUGGAGGUGUGUGGUGCUGACAGCCCUUUGAUCCUGGAGAGGAGAGAAGAAGAGAGAAGACUCUGUCUCUGUUCCCGAGAGUUGUGCAGGUGGACUAAACAGAGAGAGAAGCAGAAACGCUUCCUGUGACACGUUUCCGUCUGGCCUCUCCCGCGCGUCUCCUGCGUUUGCGUCUCCUGUUUUUCUCUUUUUGGGCAAAGCUUGGUUCCUCGUCAGGCCAUUAGCCUCAGUCUGUCUCAGCCAAUCAGAGUCCAGCCUCUUGAAUUUAGUAAAAUCAUGCCCCUCUCGUUUGCGCUGAGUGCCUCGCCCCUUAAAAAGUCUUUGAGCCGCUUCCCACUUUCCUACUUCCUGCUUCCUGUUUCCUGCUUCCUGCCCCUUUUUGAAUUGGUGCCUCCAAAUCUGUCAAUCCCAAGACCCAUAGCAAGUAAGGCAGGUGGUGAAGUGAUCACCUGCGGCAGUAGUACGGCCAAUCAGAACUCCUUCCCUUUCCCUGCCCUGUUUAUCUACCACAUCCCACCACUCUUGUGAUCUUAGCUCAGGAUCGUCAUGGUAACAUGGCAUCAGCAUCAAAUACAUCAAAGAAGUGUUUUUUAUUUUAAUUUUUUUCCAAUGCAACUUUGUUUUGUAUUGCGCCUUUUUAUACUGACACAAAGGCUCUUCCUUAUUAACUUUGGUCAUCCCCACCCCCCCCCCCCCGGCAACGCCCCUGCCGCGGGAACUCCUCCGUUCACAGGUGGAGGUGGAACGCUGCAGUACUGUGUCCAACAUGGGCAAACGGUCACAUGGUCAAGAGUGCUCGCAGCCUGCUGGGUUCAAGAUACUCAACGCUGUAUUUAUUUUAUUUUUUAUUCAGAAAGUGCACAUCUUCCCUUGUUGAAAGGAGGCCCAGAUACACUUCUGCCGAUGAGACGUGCCUGUUGCUGUACGUCUGGACCACCGCGUUUGUUAAAUCUGUGGUCAUAGGGGCUGGGGCUGGGCCCUGGAAAUGCCUUGGUCGUAUGAACGUGCGUUUGUGUGGUUCUGACUCUGCUCCUGCUCCUUUUUAACGCACGGGAUUGAUUUGACGCCGCUCCCGCUCUCCUCCCGGAGCACAACUUAAGUUACGACUGCAGAUCUGUACCUCGAACAGUAUUUUUGUCCAACUCCCUCCGAAAUGUCAUAAAAUAUGCUGACUAUUUGUAUUAAAGGAAUUCCUUACGGCAAA